CUUUUGGCGGCGGAAACUAGAAUCGUUGCUGCUACUCAGGUCAUCGGGAUAAUGAAGAGCAAUAAGUUUUCUUGCAAAACGAGAGCCGAAACCCUAGAAUGGAUCACAGCCAUUAUCGAUUUCCUUAAACCGUUUUCUUUCCUAAUCAAUGCUCACGUUGUCAAUUUCUUCAAGGAUAAGCAAUGGGAAGCUGUUAAUGAGGAAUGGAUGAGUUGCUUAAAGGAUGAGAAGCCGGAAAAUAUUCUUCUUAUUCCCUCCGGUGGUGUCCAGGAUCACUGGCCUGCUUCACUAAAGAAAUUUGUUCACACGUUGAGGUCUCUAUCGUUUCCUCGAGAGCAAGCGGAUUUACAGGCGAUACUCGCAGACGUGGAUAUGGUACCUCUUAGCACCGUUCUUUCACAGGGCAUGAAUCUUAAGAAAAAACAUGAGGUUGAAGUUCUUUCCUCUGUUGUUAGCUCAGUUGUUAAGAGUGUUGGAGCUCCUACUGUUGUUGAUGUCGGUGCUGGCCAGGGUUAUCUAGCGCAGGUUCUCUCUUUCCAAUAUAAGCACUCAGUGGUUGCAAUCGAUUCUUCCUCUCAUCAUGGAAAGGUAACAGAUGCACGCGCAGCACGCAUAAAAAAGCAUUUUGCAGCACAGAUGCGUAAAUCUGGUUCAGGAAACAAGUGCCCAGAUGUUCCAAUGACGAUUACAUGCCGUGUUUUAUCCACAGAAAUGUUGAAGGCCUUGACUGAUGUUCAUCUGGAGAAGGAUGAGACGGAUUCUAGUGGAAGUGCAUUGAAUGAAGAAGGUCAAAGCAGAUCACAAUCAUCAAGUGAUGCAAACAGAUCGUGUUCACUUGUUCUUGCUGGCCUUCAUGCAUGUGGAGAUCUAUCAGUUACAAUGCUAAGGACUUUUAUGGAGUGUGAAGAAGUUAAAGCAUUAGUGAGCAUUGGCUGUUGUUACAACUUAUUAUCUGAAAAAAGUAGUGAGGAUUCUUGUUCCAAAUGUGGCUAUCCGAUGAGCGCUGGUCUCAGAUCCUUGGGCUUUUCCCUUGGCAAAAAUGCCCGUGAUUUAGCUUGUCAGAGUGCUGAGAGAUGGAGCAGUUUAGGAGAAGAUGCUGGUCUGCAGAAUUUCGAGUUGCAUUCUUUUCGUGCUGCUUUCCAAAUGGUAAUAUGGUUUUUGGUUAUGUGGUUUCUUCCAAGAUCUGUGACUAGUUGUUAAUAGAAUCUUAACUUAUAGUGAUUGUCUUUAAGAAGUAAAAACCUAAUUACCCUUUGAAGGUUCUGUCAAAACAUUAUCCAGAGGUUUUGGCGACAAGUCCAUCCAUUGGGCGCCAAGGUAAGGCAUUCCGUCGUCAACAGCAACGAAAAUCCCUUGAAACUCCAGCAGCAGUAGAUACAACUAGGAAAGACACGGUUGACAAGAAACCCAUGAGGCAGACAAGCUUGAAUUCCGACAUGUGUUCUUCUUUUGAGAAGUUCUGCUUGUCAGCAUUUUCCCGCUUGAAUCUAGAACACCCUCGAGAUCUCGACCUGAAUGCCACAUGGAAUGAAGCUGAUGCAUUCACUGAACUGAUAGGGCCUUACUGGUCUAUUCGAGCCGCAUUAGGACCAGUGCUUGAGACAUUGAUCUUGCUUGAUAGACUUAUGUUCCUCCAAGAACAAGGAGACUCCAUAAAAGUGGUUAUGCUUCCCAUCUUUGAUCCCACCAUCUCACCUAGGAAUGUGGCCAUUAUUGCUAGAAGACUUUGACCCUAAAGCUUAUAAGCCCUCUUUUGAUCCUUCUUAAAAAUUUCCUCUUUUGAUCCUUCUUAAAAAUUUGGGUAAUGUGUGAAAUGUUUUUCUGUUGGAACUGACGUUGAAAGUUUUAUGCAUUGGGUUUCAUUUAUCAAACUACAUUUUGCAGUGAAGAGAACUCAUCUAAAGAGUAGUAUAAGAUUAAGCACUCUGCUUUUACCGUUACCCAUAUUUCGUAGUGUGAACAGAGUACCAUUUCUUCCUUGUCGUUCGUGACGAACAA